CUCGCUUAUAAUGUCGAUGGCGAUUCAAAAUCUUUUUGAAACACCUUUAACAUGUUCCGUUUUUUACGUAGCAUUAGUUUCUCUUUUACUUGGAUUUUCCAAAGAUCAACAAUUUAACGAGAAUAGCAAAUCCGAUCAGGAGGAAUAUGAUUUUAUUAUAGUGGGUGGUGGUUCUGCUGGUUGUGUAUUGGCGAAUCGUUUAUCAGAAAGACGCGAAUGGAACAUACUUUUAUUGGAGGCAGGAAGAGAAGAACCUGUAUUAGCAGAAAUUCCAGGAUUUGCAUUCACUAUGCGUCAAACAGACAUUGAUUGGAAUUAUCGAACACAACCGACGAAGUUUGCAUGUAUCCGAAACAAAGGAUGUGUUUGGCCUCGUGGACGAGUGAUGGGCGGUUCUAGUACACUUAAUUACAUGAUAUACGUUAGAGGAAAUCGUGACGACUAUGAUUCUUGGGCUAGAAUGGGAAACUUAGGUUGGAGUUACAAUGAAGUUUUACCCUAUUUUAAAAGAUCGGAGGACAACAGAGAUCCCGACAUUGUGGCGCAGAACUCCAAUUAUCACAGUACCGGAGGUUAUCAGCAAGUUCAACGCUUCAAUUACAAGGAUCAGCCAACAAAAAUUUUAUUCAAAGCAUUCUUAGAACUUGGAUUUAAUGAGACAGACAUCAAUGGAGAACAUCAAAUAGGCGUCGCGCAUUUGCAAGCAACAUCAAUCAAUGGUUCUCGUGUCAGUACAAAUCGAGCGUUCAUCCGACCAAUUAGAGAAAGUAGACUAAACUUAUUUGUUAAAAGUGAAUCGUACGUAACAAGAGUUUUAAUAGAUCCAGGCUCAAAAAGAGCUACAGGUGUUGAAUACACACACAUACCAACCGGAAAGAGUGUCACUGUUUAUGCACGAAAAGAAGUCAUUGUAUCCUCGGGCACUGUGAAUUCACCAAAAUUACUAAUGCUCUCUGGUGUUGGUCCCAGGGAUGAACUUGAAAAGCACAAUAUUCCUGUCAUUAGAGAUCUACCAGUGGGCAAUAAUUUACACGAUCAUGUCUCAUUUCAAGGACUUUUUGUCCAAAUUAAUCCCGAUAUGGUUAAUAAUCCAAAGUGUGAAAAGAGAAUAAAUGAUCUGACUCAUUAUCUAACAACUAAUGAUGGACCACUAUCAUCGACAAGCAUAACAUCAGUUUCCGCAUUUGUUCGCACCAAAUACGAAAAAAGACGUGAAUUACCGGACAUACAAUUUCAAUUCGGUAAUUUUGGUGUGUCACCUUAUUUCGAAGUGUUCGCCAUUCUUCCUGUUCUUUUACAACCAAAAAGUAAGGGUUUUGUGAGAUUAAAUUUUACCGAUUUAAUAUGGGGCGAUCCGAUAAUUCAGCCCAACUACUUCGCGGAGGAUAUUGAUGUUAAACGAAUGGUUGAAGGAAUACGAAUUGGUCUCGAGUUAUUUCGAACGACGGCUUUUACGCAAAAUCAGUUUCAAUUGGUGAUGAAGGCAAUGCCACCUUGCGAUAAAAUUGAGUACAAUACUGAUGAAUAUUGGAUUUGUAUUAUUCGACAAUAUACGGAUACAUUCUAUCAUCCAGUGGGUACGUGCAAAAUGGGACCAUCUGAUGAUCCAGGCGCUGUUGUUGAUGCUAAUUUAAGGGUCUAUGGAAUUCAAGGCCUAAGGGUUAUUGACGCAUCGAUUAUGCCAAUUGUUCCAAGAGGUAAUACAAAUGCACCGACAAUUAUGGUUGCCGAGAAGGCGAGUGAUAUGAUAAAAAAGGAUUGGAUACAAACUGGAUGGUGGAGUUCGAUUCAAAAUUAAAUUAUUUCUUACAAAAAUUAGAACGAGAAUGUGAAAAUAAUAAAAAAUUUCAAGACUGUAGGAAGUGUUUAAUUAUUUUUGCCCACUUGUUACAUAU